UCCGCCCGCUUGGUGUGUCCUGGUACGAAACCCAAAAACUGCAGUCCAUAAACAAACCACCAUCGGCUCAGUUCAGUUCAGAGACAGUGAACGACUCAUUUCUGAUUACCAUAUCAUCCGUAAGUGAAGAGAAUAAAAUGCCGCUGGCUAAGGAUCUGAUGCAUCCCUGUUUUGCGGAGGAGAGGAGAAGACAUAAGAAGAAGAGGCUGGUGCAGAGCCCCAACUCCUACUUCAUGGAUGUCAAGUGCACAGGCUGCUAUAAGAUCACCACUAUCUUCAGCCAUUCCCAGACCGUGGUUCCAUGUUCUGGCUGUUCACUGAUCCUCUGCCAACCUGCUGGAGGCAAAUGUAGACUGACAGCAGGCUGUGCCUUCAGGAAGAAAUAUUCCUGAGUGAGAGUGGACCAUCGAUAAAUGAGUUCGAACCUCAUUGUCUGCGUUUUGGAUGAAGGAUGAUUUUACGUCCUCUGAAUGUUGAUUAUGAAUCACGCCAUCUGUGGGGGUUCAGGUGGAUGGAGGUGAACAGCAGCUAUGUGAUAUGAAUGAUCAUACAGAUGCAGAGUAGAUUCCCUCACAAUCAAACUGAACUGUAUGUGUAUUAAAUUUAAGGGAUCAAUCACGAACUUCUAAAAAUGUAUCUAAUCCAUGAAGAACAUGUUCUGUAAUCAUCCAGAUGCACAAACAGACCAUUUAAACCAUGACUUUUGUAAAACAUUUAUUAGGUUGACAAGAAGGGGGUUGGUGAGUGAAAUCUUUAAAAAUGCUCUCAGUCAAAUUAUGAGAUGCUUAUCUGUGGCACUGGCAUAAAAUGAAACCACAAUGACCAUUAUAAACAAAAAUAAAACAUUUGAAGGAUUUUCUGACUGUCAAAUGUGUUCUUUGGUCUUGAGAGUUCCCUAUAGGCAAAAAAGAAGUGGUAUAAAUGAAACAAAAAAGGGGGAAAAAAAAGUCAAUGCAAUACAACUUCUCAAAUACCUAACCUUAUUCUACUAUAUACAAUAAGUAUCCACGGUUGAGAAAACCUGCCUGAGCUUCCAGUAGUGUGGGGUUCAGCUUGCUCUUUCAAUACCAUAUGUUGUAAAUCUAGUAAAUAACUGACUACAUUCUGGCUUAUUGUUGGUGUUAUUGUGCUGAUGGUAUGGUCAAGCUUAAAGAAAGGCCAGUCCAGCACUUCCACACUAUAAGGAAACAUAACGCACUGCAUGUUCUAGAUAUUCUGUCCAUCUCCAACAUGUAGAGCAGCACAUUGACUUGUUUAUUAAUAAAACCUUUCCAUAAGAUUUGACCACUGGAGUUUUAAAGCAAACACAAUGAUUAAGGAUACAGAGACGGCACCAACUAGUGGAACACCCGCAUCUUCAGAUCACACAGCAUGAGAAGAACAACUGUGGACUGACUUUAAUGUCACCACUGGGUGGCACUUCAGAGCCUUCAAUGUACACUAUUAGAAUGGAGACCAAGCAACCCCCCCCCCCCCAUAGCCAUCUGUAGUAUAUUGUGAACAUGACCAGAAGAAUUAGACAGAGGCACGUAGAAUGUAAAAUGGAGCCAGUUUUAAAGUGGUUGAGAUACUAAAUCUGAGGUUUGAGUUUAGAUGCCAGUUCUUUCUAUUUAUAAAAGUGGUCAAAAGUCAUUCCAGGAGACUUUUUGCAAUCACAAGUGGAGAUACAAAAAGAAGCAAUAGGUUCAAAAUGACUUUCUCAUCUUAAAAAAA